UAAUAUUGUGCUUCACAAGCCCCCCACAGAAAAAACAAGACAAAAGAAACAAUAUCAAUCAAUAGUUGAAAAAAAAAAAAAGAAGAUCGAGAUUGUUGCCAAAAUGACGUCUUCACGCUUCCCUUAUCGCAGGUUUCUGUGGAUUGCGCUCCUCAUCAUCGUCGUUCUCCACGCUGUCAUCGCAUUCCCGCCUUGCAUCUCGGGCAGGAAACUAGUGCAGAAAGAGGCCGCCUACACGACUGUUCUUCCUCCCGUCGACGGGCAAGCAGCAAACGGUUACGCAGCCUUGGACGAUUAUACGCAUGACGGUAAUUACGAUCCCAACCAACCAGCGACAAUAUCCCCAAGACAUAAGAGCUAAACUACGUACGUACGUAUAAUAGUUGGAGUGCCCAUCUGAUGAUCGGAAUAAUUUGCAACGUACGGCGUACAAGUUCAAGUGCAACGGAAAGGUGUGUUGAUGUUUUAGUCUACGAUCCAGCAAAUCAUAUUUUCUGUCGGUAUACACAUGAACGACUGGUUUAAUUUUAUGUCAAAUCUCAUAGGAAUGCAUAUGAUCAUAUAUGAUUGAUUAGCCCAUAUGAUGCGCAAUAUAGUGUUGGGUUUUGUUUCACCUGUUAUUAUUGUUUGAUAUUGUACGAUUUCGAUGCAAUUGUAAUGAUGUACUACUUCAGUACGUUAGUAUGUUAAUAAAAAAUGAGGUAUUUCAUAUUUGCUUUAAAAUAAAAAGGAUGAGAGUUAAACAUAACAAGGACACAAAAGGACAACUGGACAAGCUUUUUCCCCCGAGUAAGAUCCGACUUUAUUCCACCGUGAAAAGAGUUACAUAAAGGACCAAGAAAUAAAAUCAGAACUAAAAU